GUUUUGUGACGUUUUACGCAGUACACAAGAGAACUCGUUAGGUAAAGAACUUACACGUUAUGAAAACUAUAAAAUCUGUAUUUUUUGUUCAGAGAAGGGCCUUUAGUGCCACCAAUGUAAACGGAUUUGUGAAACAAUAUUCAACAGAUGCUUCAGCAUUUGCUCAAGAAAAUGUUAGCCAGAACUCCACUUCCAGCACCUCUUCACCCAUCACCACAGAGAUGGAAUCUGACAGUCCAAUCACUGCAUAUAAAAAGCGCAUUGCCUUAGGACAGCUACAACAAGAUGAUUACCAAAUGACUGUUGUAGAGCGGCUCCAAAGUCUCUAUAAUAAAAUAGACAGCUAUGAACCUCCAUCAGGAACUGUCAACUGGAUAUCCAAGACAUUUGGAUUUGGAGCAAAGAAUGUUGAAAACAAACCAAAGGGUCUAUAUCUCCAUGGACAUGUUGGUACUGGGAAGACGAUGCUAAUGGACAUGUUUUAUCAACAUUGUAAAGUGAGAAGAAAACAGCGUGUUCAUUUCCACAAAUUCAUGCUGGAUGUACAUAAAAGAGUGCACAUUUUGAAGCAGUCGGUGCCCAGACAGUACAAUGUCAGGAAAACACAGUCGUUUGACCCAAUUCCUCCCGUUGCAAAGGAGAUCAGUAACGAGGCCUGGCUCCUGUGUUUUGAUGAAUUUCAGGUGACAGAUAUUGCAGAUGCUGUAAUACUUAAGAAGCUCUUUACAGAAUUAUUUAACUGUGGAGUGGUAGUGGUAGCCACUUCAAAUCGACCACCUGAUGAUUUGUACAAAAAUGGUCUGCAGCGAGGCAAUUUUGUGCCUUUCAUUGGGGAAUUAAAGAAAAAUUGUGAUGUUGUGAGUCUCAACACUGGUGUGGAUUAUAGAAUGAACACUCUGCCAGCCGAGGGGAAAAUCUACUUCCUGACGGGGGAUGGGAAGGCUGAGGAGAAGAUAGAUGAGAUUUUCCAAGCCCUCAUUGCAGAGCAGGAAGAGCAAGUAAUUGGGUCUCGAGUUCUGGAUGUACUAGGGAGAAAGGUUCUGUUACCAGAGACAUGUGGUGCUAUACUGAAGACAGACUUUGAUUUUAUGUGUAAGCAGGCACGUGGAGCGAUUGAUUAUUUAGAAAUCAGCAAGGAGUUUCACACAGUAAUCCUAGAGAACAUCCCCAAAAUGACUCUGUUCAACAAGACCGAGGCUCGGCGGUUCAUCACACUGGUGGAUACUUUCUACGAUAACAAGGUUCGGUUGGUGUGUUCAGCUGCAGCCAAACCUAAGGACUUAUUUGGUGCUGGAGACAUCAGUCAGAAGAACUAUGACGACAACAGGAAUCUGAUGGAUGACUUAGGGAUUCAAGAGAAAUCGGACCUUGCCCAGUCCAGUAUAUUUACUGGAGAAGAGGAGCUGUUUGCGUUUGAGAGGACCGUGUCCAGGCUGACGGAGAUGCAGACCGAGGAAUACUGGAACCUCCGGAGCUCAGUGGAAAACUCUGGCAGCUGAUGAUGUGUCAACUUAGGAAACUUUAUAUUUAUUCAACAGAGUACCCCAAUUAAAAGUCUGUGAUUAUUUUGUACAUAUUCAUGUACAAGAGGCUGUUUUUAAUUUACCCCAUUUAUUUAGUACAUCUAGAUUUUGGUGAACUAUGCAAUAUGCAUUGACUGAUGCUAGAAUAUUUGUAUCAAGUCCAUAUCAAUGAAAUAUGAGCUGGUAUUUGACAAUGUCAAUAUUUUAAACAAAUUAUGAACUUAUGAUAACCCAUAUACACAUGUACACUCUACACAAGUAUAAUUAUAUUCAAAAGUAGUAAUUCUCCUGAUUUUUUUUUGGCCUGUACAAUUACAUUUAUGAAAAAACCAUGUCCCAAUUUGCUCAAAAGAAAACCAAUGAUAUCUGAUUGAUGUGAUCACUAGAGCUCUCCCUUAGGUGGGAGAAAUAACUGUGAACUACUACCGUGCAGUAUGUAUAAUUUCAGUCAAAACAUUUUUUUCAGAACUGUCGCUUUAGAUGCAUAUAAGUUGGCAUAAUAUAUUUCGAGAUUUUAAUGUUAAAUCUUCAAUAUAUACUUAAGGGGAGGGGAGAUAAGUGUUAGUGAAUGGGACACUUUCAAGCAAUAUUUUUAUUUUUACAUUUACAGAAUUUUUAUUUUAUUUUGGUGUCAAUUGUUUGAUAGAUGGACUUUUAAGACAAAAGCUAUACAGGGGAGUUUUCUUACCCUCUUACCCUCAUAUUAAACCAAAUUGUCCAGAAUAAUAAAGCAUCCUGACUCACCAAUAUUACACUAUUUUACAUCCUGAAUUAUAAAAAACUGUUUCCAUAAAACUUCAUCAUAAAGAUGAAGAGUCUUAAUUGUUGACACACAGGUUGUUGCUUUAAUUUGCUUAUCAUUUGGAUACCACAAGGUAGAUCUUAUCAGGGAUUCAUUGAAUGUAGAUACAUGUAUAUUAAUUUAUAGAUUUAGCUGCAGAUCAAUAGCUCUCUGAUAAAAUUCAAGUAAAUGGUUGAUUUCAACCAAAUUUUUUCUUGCUGAGCUAAAGAUCUGCAACUACAUGUAAUAUAAAUUCAGCAAACACAUGUACAUUUCAAUGACUUAACAUAUUGUUAAAUAUCAUUAUUUUUUUGUAUUCAGGGAAGGCCACAUGAAACAUCUUUUGUUUUGAUGAGAAACUAUUU